CGUCCUCCACCGCCUACGCCCACACAAUCCUCGUCGCUGCCGUUGCCUCUGCGGGCGCUGGUCCACCCGUCUCUCUGGCGAAUAUCUCUGAAUACUGCGACACAGUCUACCCGGAGCUGUUCAACAGCAGCGUAACCCGUGGUACAGAUUCCUUAACGACCUUCACGAUUUCCGCCUUUCCUCGAUAACAUAGGCCGAAGAUGACGCGCUUCGGUGACCUCGAUUCCCUAUGCCAUACGGUGCCUUCGUACACAUGGUGUAAUCUCUUCUAUAGGCAGAUUCAGAAGAGCUCGAAUGCCACUCUUAGCGGCUUGUCCGCGGACCCUUCAUCCGCUCCCAUAGGGAUUAACCCGGAAUGUGGUAUUCCACUUGUGGGGAAAACAAAUUCAUUCACCGGAACAACCAAGUCGCUCGGGAAUAUCGCAGACAUUAUCAUUUGCGGUCUUAGCAUUUUUGUCGUGGCGGCGUUGAUAUUAUGGACUUCUCGAAGAAAAGCAGCUGUUGGGCGUUCGGAACUGCGGGUUUUCUUAGUCUUGUACCUCUUGACCCUACCAUUCCAACUGGUUACAACGGGAUCCAUUAUACAACAAGGCACCACAGCUCUAGUAGUGCUCACCGCAAUACACGCAGGACUUGUUGCAUCACUGUUUUGGGCGCUUCUCGCAAAUGGCUUAGUUGCAACACAAAUAGUUGAAGACGGGACUCUUAGCUCCCUAGUCCCGAUAGGCAUCUUUGCUCUGCUAUUCUUCGUUGCGACGACGUAUAUCUCGCUUGAUGUCGGAUUGACUAUCACUUCGACGUUUGGUCCAUCGAAUCCUCCACAAGCAGUACAUAGUACCCCAGUAUUCGUUCUUACGAGUAUUUGGCCCGGCGCGGCGGCGCUGCUGUACUUCAUUCUGAUGUCAUACAUUGUCCUCGGUGUGUUGCGUGAACGUCGGCCAAUGUUGUAUUAUAUCGCCGCAGCGGUGUGCUUCGUUCUCGGCCAACUCGCUUGGUUCUUGCUCGGCAAGGUCAUUUGUCGAAAUACCAGCGCGAAAAUCGAUGGAUCGUUCAUUGCGACCAUACUAGAAACGGCGGCCGUUGGGGCCAUAUUCCUAGGGUGGAAGAGUAUCACAGAAGAAUCAUGGGACGAUUAUAAUUACUAGCCUCUUUCUUCUAUGAUGUUUUUCUGCCCUUUGUUCACUUUUUACCUUGGAGACAUACCUUUACCCAUAUUCUCCUCACCCACCCACCGUUCUCACUUCUCCCCAAGAUUCUUCCUUUGCAGAGUUAAUUAAUCUAUUAUUACACAGUCCACUCUCGUUAUUGACGUUAUCCCUUUGUUUUUCUACUACCUCUGUUCGAAAUUCGAAAUUCUUUCUCAUGUGACGUACUGGUAUUAUCAUCAAUUGCUGUUUUUUUACUGCCUUCUCGGUUUUUGUUUGUUGGCGUCUCUUGCUUGGGACAGAGUCAUUGAAGAAUUUGUUUGUU